CCGUCCCCUAGCAAGUAGCAAGCCAAAACCCCACGAGAGCACCAUCGCCAUUUGCCAGGCCCAGAAACCCGACGGUUUCGACCGCGACAACGCGGUGCCAUGCGCCUCCUCUGCUUGGCCGCUCUGCUCGCCCUCAACCUCCUCCUCCAGCAGCAAUGCCACGCCCUGCUCGUCCCGCUCACCAACACCCUCUGCUCGCUCCGCGGGGCCAACGGCACCACGCCCCUCCCAGUCCCCGUCCACCACCUCAUCCGCUCCUCCUCCCUCCGCUCGGCCGCGCGCCACCGCCGCCACCGCGCGCGCGGGGGCACGCAAACGCCAUCCCCCGGGCACCACCGCCAGCUCUCGCUCCCGCUCGCCCCGGGCAGCGACUACACGCUGUCCCUGUCCGUGGGGCCGGCGUCCGCCGCGGCCCCGGUGUCCCUCUUCCUCGACACCGGCAGCGACCUCGUCUGGUUCCCCUGCGCGCCCUUCACUUGCAUGCUCUGCGAGGGCAAGCCCACGCCGCCGGGCGGCCACUCCGCGCCCCUCCCGCCGCCGCCCGACUCGCGGCGCGUCCCCUGCGCGUCGCCGCUCUGCUCGGCGGCGCACUCCUCGGCGCCACCCUCCGACCUCUGCGCCGCGGCGGGGUGCCCGCUCGAGGACAUCGAGACGGCCUCCUGCGGCCCGUCGGCACACCCGUGCCCGCCGCUCUACUACGCGUACGGGGACGGCAGCCUCGUGGCGCACCUCAGGCGGGGGCGCGUCGGGAUGGCCGCGUCCGUGGCCGUGGAGAACUUCACCUUCGCGUGCGCGCACACGGCGCUCGCCGAGCCCGUCGGGGUGGCCGGGUUCGGGCGCGGCCCGCUCUCGCUGCCGGCGCAGCUCUCGCCGUCGCUCUCCGGCAGGUUCUCCUACUGCCUCGUGUCCCACUCCUUCCGCGCCGACCGGCUCGUCCGGCCCAGCCCCCUCAUCCUCGGCCGGAGCCCGGAUGACGCCGCCGGCCUCGGCGCCGCCGAGGCGGGCGGCGGCGGCGGCUUCGUGUACACGCCGCUGCUCCACAACCCGAGGCACCCGUACUUCUACUCGGUGGCGCUGGAGGCGGUCUCGGUGGGCGCGACGAGGAUCCCGGCCCGCCCGGAGCUCGGGCGCGUGGACCGCGCCGGGAACGGUGGGAUGGUGGUGGACUCGGGCACGACGUUCACCAUGCUGCCCGGCGAGACGCACGCGCGGGUGGUCGAGGCGUUCGCGCGCGCCAUGGACGCGGCGGGGUUCGCGCGCUCCGAGCGCGCCGAGGCGCAGACGGGGCUCGCGCCCUGCUACCGCUACGCCGCGACGGACCGCGGCGUGCCGCCGCUGGCGCUCCACUUCCGGGGCAACGCGACGGUGGCGCUGCCGCGGAGGAACUACUUCAUGGGGUUCGAGAGCGAGGGGGGCGGCGGCAUGGGGUGCCUGAUGCUGAUGAACGGCGGGGACGGCGACGACGGGCCAGCCGGCACGCUGGGCAACUUCCAGCAGCAGGGGUUCGAGGUGAUGUACGACGUGGACGCCGGCCGCGUCGGGUUUGCACGCCGCCGGUGUACGGACCUCUGGGACUCGCUGUCCCGCCGGGGACGAUGAUACGUACACCCGUUCAUCAGACAUCAGUGUCCGCGUGUUGUAUGAUCACUUAGCUUAGCGUGUCCCCGUUGUACAGAGCAGCCGCCGCCGCGUGUGUUUACUGUUUAGUGCGAUGGGUGUGUAGUGUUAGGAUCAUCUCUUCUGUUUGUACUGUGUGUUUUUUAUCCUUUCUCAUGUCGUUCUUGUAGGUAAAUGGAAGGGUAAAGUCCACCUUCGGUCCUCUAUCAUCCCUGUACUCAAACUCUCAAAAUGCACUAUAAAAUCCUUAAACUUGCUAAUUGUACCAUGCAA